UUAGAGCAGCGUUGUAGGAUGCUAUUUUGAGUUUAAAGUUUUAGAUCGAUAAAGGUCUUUAUCCAAGAGUUAAACACACAAAGCUUUGGGUCAGUUCCUGAUUAAACCGAGGCAUCUCUCCUCCACUGGGAUUUUUAUUUCCUUCCAACACACCAAAUAAUAGAAAACCAGAAAAGCUGCCAAGAGAAUGAAUUAUUUCAGUCAGCAAAGAAUAUCUAGGCUUUGCUGCAUAAUUGUUCCAUAAAAACAUUAUUACAGGCUGUACCUAAAACUAUCUGGGUCCAGUUUAUCCACAUUGUUCUAUAUAGCUCUAUAACAAACAGCUGAAACACAUAAACAUGAUGUGUUCAGUACAUAGGAGCCAUGAGCUGUGCUACAAAGGCUGCUGAGGAAAGGAAGAAGUUCCUGCAGUGAUAAUAAAGUGAGAAUCUACAGUAAGACCUGUUUAUAAAGAAUGUGAUAUAAAGCUGUAAAGAGAGUAGAGAGUGUUGAUUUCUGCCUCAGGAAAGGCCGAUUAUUGAUAGAAUAUCCAGUGAAAUCCUCAUGUCAUUCUGUUAUAUUUAUAAAAUAAAUACUGUUUUACCAUUCAGUCUGUGCAUAGCAACAGUGUUCUGUAAGACCAGGCCGCAUGUUGUGAUAAAACUGGCAAAAAUAUUGUUUGAGAGUCUUUUUUUCUAUGAUGUUAUGUUCAAGGACAAACACGUUUCCUGGAAUCGCUGCUACGGCUGAUCUAAACCAGUUUCUACUCUACUAUGAAUGAUGCUUCAUGCUGUUCAUCUUUCUUUAAGGAACAUCACUGCUGUUUCUCGUUUUUAAAUCAGACAAUUGUUUAGUGGACUUUAAAAUACAUAUUACUCAUCUUCAUUUAGUUUUAGAACAGAUCUUAAAUAGAAAUGUGCAGUUUGACAGUGAAAGUGUUGACAUUUGGACUGAAUAUGUUCCUUUAUGUUGUGUUUGUGUUCCUCAGAGGGGACUGUAGAGCUUCUCUGUGAUGUGAUUUUGUGAAGGACUUUUCUUUUAAAUUGAACUCUCUUCUUUCUCUCCUUCUUUGCUUUGUAGUUGUGGUUCUUUUUAUGAUUUUUUAAACUGAAUUUGUAUUGAGUCUUUGUUUUCUGCAGAAGCUCUAGUUUACUAUAGAUUCAUCUGUGUUUAUGCAGAGAAACAUGGAUGGUAUGUUUGUGACCACAUUUUAUCUGCAAACCAAAAAAGCAGAAGUCUCUCCUCAGAACAUGCUGAUGUUGAGCCUCUGUUCUGUGUUCAUGAUGGGUGAUCUCCUCAGAUGUAGCUGACAGGUGUUAUGGAGCCGGGGGUGAAGCUGCAAGGCUUUUAGUAUUUACAUGCACAGCUGUCAAACAUUUCAAGAAAGAAAACUAUCAAACGUGUGAUGUGCUGCGAUGCACAGAUGAGUGAAGCAUGAGUGCAGCUCUGACUUUAUUACUGUUGUCUAGUGAACAUAUCUGUCACCCUAAGCUGACACUAAAGGUUCCUGUCCACUGUAGGAGCUUCCUUCUCUGAGUGUGUUCUGACCUCAGGACGUCUUUCAGAAAAAGUCUCAGCUUCAGGAUACGCUGUGAGCGGCUCUGAGAAACCGAUGGCAGCAGCUAUACACUGCUUAAAUUUAGGGAAGGAAACAAGUAAAAGCACCAUUUCUUUCUGCCCUCUCUGUGUUCUCUCUAAGUAGCGCUCUCCUUCUCUCAAACAUCACUGAUUUAGAUCAAACAUCUCAGCUCCCUCCAGUGUUCUGGUUUUAGCUUGGAAGUGACAUCAUGGUUGAAGGUAAGGAAAAUUUAUUGCCACCUCAUUUUCCACUGCAAAGGAAACAGAAAUGCUAAAAGGCUUCUAUCAACAAGUCGAGUUCCUGCAGUGAAAACGCUCCUGUGGUCCAUGAUGUAAUGGAGAAGAUUUAACCUGACAUUCUUGUCUGAUUUGGGGUCUGUGUUUCAGAUUAUCUGCAGUGUUUCUAGUCAUCUAACAUCAGAUUGUAUCUACUAUUUCCAGAUGUUUUUACCUGAUGAGUCAGUUAUCCUGGCGGUGCCAUGACAACGGUUGUUUUUGAGUCAUACAUUUCAGAUGGGACAGGACUCAUCACCAUGGAAACCAGGGAAAUGGAGGAGACUCCUGAAGCCAAUUAAGUAUGGCUUUGUGGAAAGAAGCAAGAGUUGAACUGGUGCUUCUCAGUGGAACCUAAGUGCACGGGUCUGUUAUCAAUGAACCUCUGAGCUCUUGCUUUCAGAACCUACUGACUUACACCGUGUGUGGACUCCUGACAUGAACCCGUCCAUCCAUGCAGAUCCUUCACGUCUCUGCAGAGUUUAUGGUGUGUUCACUGACUCUGACAUGUUGGAGAGAAAUACCCCCUCAGACUGACAGUCAUAAAUCCAUCACAGCUGUGGGAUACAUCCGUGUGUGUUUCAGUUUGGCAACAGCACGGCUGAAUGUCGGGCUUCUGCCAGAAUAUGAUGGCUGCUUUUAUAUUUUAUUUUAUUACAUUUCAGAGAAAAAGUCAGUAAAACGCAGCUUCAGUUUGUCCUCAUGGAGAACAUGUAUGUAGGUUAGGACACAACAUAUGGGUGAAAUAAAGGGAUUUUAUGAUUUUUAAAGGGCUUCACAGCCUGUAGGAUGAAUAACCUGCUAUCAUGGGACCACCUGGUUAAGAUAAAUAGAGAUUCCUUAGAAUCCUAAACAAGGAAUAAAGGAACAGACCGCUGAGGACCAGAAGAGAAGAGAUCUCUGAUUUUAGUGAAGACAGACAUUAAACGGAUCUAAUGUGUGCAAAAUAGAGUAAAACAGGAGCAGCACAUUCUGGAAAAUCUGAACAGGAAUAUUCAUGUGUAUUAUGUAGGUUUGGAAAGAGGUUAGAAUAAGCAUACAUGAGACCAAAUUACAGGAUGACAUUCCUGCUCUAUGUCCUAAAUAUCUACAGUUUUUACUGCAGCAAAAGUUCAGUUUGAGAAUGUGAACGUGUCCAGACUUGUGACUGUGAGUGUCUUUCUGUAUAUUUUAGUUUAUGACACAUGAAAACAUCCCUCUGUAGUGGCACUGAUCAGCUACAAUAUUAAAACCAGUUUAAAUGAGUAGCUGUGAUCGUCUUGUUGAUGCAAAGGUUCCACCCUCAUAAUACUGGUGCAGACCUUCUGCUUAGGAAUGACUGGAGGAACAGGACCAAGAGCACAAGGCGCUGACUCACACUGUAAAUCUGACCUCUUCUGGCAAACAUCCCAGAAUAACCUCCACACUUUAACAUUUCAAACUGUUUCUGGCAGCAGCUCGUAUUAUUCAGGUGGUUUCAGAGGAGGACAGUAACCAAUCAGGAUGUUUAUUUAGAAAAUUAAUAUUUUUCACCUUCAUUCUCCUCAGAAACAGAAUUAUGGGCUCUGUGGCUUCCCAUACAGGUUAUAAAGAAGGCUCUGAACCCUGUGUUUCAUCCCUGAUAUUAAAGUGUAUUUACCUGUUUCCACUAACGACCUGUGAUAGAGGUCAGCUGUUACUGACCGCUAAAUGAGUCUCCUACAAUGCAGUUGAUAUAUUUAGAUUAUUCUGGAUAAUAUGCCAACAUAUCUGUCCUGCUACUUUAGUACUCUGUAGUGUAAUAUACAUGUAAUGAUCUGCACCAGGAAGUAGUCCAGAACAAACUCAGUCUUUACUUCUGUUGGAGAAAUGUUCAGGAAAAACCUACAAAGUCCAGUUAUCUCAGGGAAUCCUGUCUGUGUUUAAAUCAAAGCAUAAAUCAUCCCAGUAGGACCCCCAGAGUUUAUAAUGUACUGUUCUACAAACUGUCAGACUGAAUCAUUUCCUCACAGUGAGAUAAAUAUGCAAAUAUAAUAGCAAUAAUGGUAGGAUUUCUGUUGUUUUUAGUGAUUUUUACUGUGCUAUGAAUAAAACACUCUGUGGGAAACACACUCACACACUGAGCAUGUGUCGGUGUGUUUUAUGGCUGAGCCACGUUUAAUUAUUUACUCGUGUCUUUGUGAGGCCACAGCGGUGUCAAUUACCCCCACAGUGACUCCUCAGCUCCACGUCCAGCACCAUUAGCUCCUCUCUCCUUCCAGGGGUUGUGUAGCAUUAGCUGGAUGAUUUAAGGCCCGCACACACAGACGUUCAUCCACUGCUGCUCUAUUCUGGACACAAACAUGGCAGGAAUGAAUUCUGAUCAGCUGCACCGCUCCACCCUGGAGAUCUACUCUAGCCUGAUGGACGAGUUCAACCCGAGUAUACAGAAACUGGUUUCACUGGGAAACAGCUACGUUCAAGCUUUCAAAGCUCUCACUGUGACCAGUGAGGCCUACUUCAAUGCACUCUCAAAGAUCGGAGAAAAGGGGUUCCACACGGCAUCGUCACGCUCCAUAGGAGAUGUCCUGAUCCAGAUCUCUGAGAGCCAACGGAGACUCACCUUAGAGUUGGAGGGAAUGUUCCACUGGUUCAAUCAGGAGAUUCUUCAGCAGAUGGACAGCAACGCCCAGUCUGACAGAGACUUCCUCUCAAACAGCAGAGAGAAGUACAAGCAUGAAGUCCACAACCAGGCAACAGCUUUGGAGAGGCAGCUGAGGAGAGGAAUCAACCAGAGCUCCAGUGAUUAUGUCCAGUUCCUCAGGGAGAGCCACAGUCAGGCUCUGGUGGAGGAGGAGAGGAGGUACCGCUUCCUGGCUGAGAGACACUGCAGCCUGAUCCACAGCAUCGCCCACCUCAUGAAGAAGACGGGAGGCGGUCUCCAGCAGAAGGCCGAUGCCUGGAUGGAGGAGGUUGGAGCCACCAGAAGACCAGAACCCAGGAGACCCAGCAGUCCAGAGCACACCCUGGGAAGGAGGAAGGGGGAGGAGGUCAGGAGGAACAGAGAGGAGCCAGAACUUGGCAGUAUCCCAUCCAGAGCUCCGUCUCCACAGGGAAGCAUUUCUCGUUUCUCCAUGGACCCGGUGGGUGGCGGCUAUCUGGGCAGAUCCAUGAAGGCCCUGGUGGCCCACGAGCCCUCCAGCUCCCAGCCCACCUUACUGCCCUUCAGCAGGGGGCAGAUAAUCACCGUGAUGGUCCGGCAGCCCAGGAACGGCUGGUUGUAUGGACGCACCGACGGCAGCUCACGUCAGGGAUGGUUUCCAGGAUCCUUCGUGGAACCAGUGGAUGAUCCUCCACAGUCUCCCAGCCUCUGGAACUCCAGUCUUCGAAGCAACAGCAGCAUGAGCAACCUGCAGGAACAUUCAGGAACCAGCAGUCAGAACGUUGCUCCACCUCCUCCUCCUCCUCCACCUCCGCUGUCUUCAUCUUCCAGUAAACACUCAGAGACCAGACCAAUGGCAGCGGCUCCUGGAAAAAGGGCUGAGACUCAGGGCUCAGAGCGCAAGCAGAGAUCACCUCCACCUGGACCCCCAGAACUCUUCCCCAGGGGUACCAAUCCAUUCGCUACUGUGAAGCUGAAGCCCACCGUCACCAACGACAAGUCGGCCCCCCGUCUGUACCGCAGAUGACAUGUCAAGCUCAGAACAAUAGCUUCAUUUAGCUCUCCUGACCUUCACAGCAUGUUUGGUUUAAAGCUGAGUGAGUGGACCUUCCAUGGAGGCUCUUUGUCACAGUUUAUACUCCUAACAGAAGAAAUAAAUCUGACUGACUAUUGUAGAUAUCUUGGGUUUGCAUCAGAAUUAUUCAGAUUUCUACUAACCGGCUGGUUUAGUAGAUAAACCUGUGAAAUGUACUGUAUUCCUACACAACAUCUGUGCCAUAAAUGCUGCUUCUAGAGAAGCUUUUGUGUCUUCAGAUGUGUGGCCGUUCCCUAAAGGUGAUGAUUCUACUCUAUGUAUGUAAGAAUGAACCUGUCAGUGACAUGCGGUGAGGUUCAUGGCUGGUGAGGCACUGACUCCUCAAGAAUCAGAUUUACGACUGUAAGAACUGAAAAAGCAUCUUAUUUAUUUCACUAUUCAUCCAACAGCAUGCAACUACUGAUAAUGCUUCAUAUCCCAUCAGCAUUCCUCUUUCAGUUACACUCACAAACCAUCCAUCCAUCCAUCCAUCCAUCCAUCCUCUAUACACUGCUUUAUCCUCACUAGGGUCAUGGGGGGGUGCUGGAGUCUAUCCCAGCUGACUCGGGUGAAGGCAGGGGACACCCUGGACAGGUCACCAGUCUGUCACAGGGCUACAUAUACAGACACACAAUCACACUCACAUUCACACCUACGGACAAUUUAGAGUAACCAAUUAACCUCAGCAUGUUUUUGGACUGUGGGAGGAAGCCGGAGUACCCGGAGAAAACCCACGCAUGUACAGGGAGAACAUGCAAACUCCAUGCAGAAAGAUCCCAGGCCCAGGCCGGGAUUUGAACCAGGGAUCUUCUUGCUGCAAGGCGAAAGUGCUAACCACUAACCACUGUGCAGCCCUUAACCUCUUAAGCCCGGUCGGCCCACGGGUGGGCCGAAGAAAUCUUGGCGUUUUUUUCUGAAAAUAUGGCCAGGGCUUAAGAGGUUAAGCAAUUCAUAUAUACUGCAAACAAAUUAAAGUACAGAGAUGUGUGCAGACCUACUAGCUUGACGCCGACUUUGGAUUUCCUCUGUUGAAUCCAGCACUGCAGUGACAAAGCACCUGCCAGCUUGCGUACGCCCCCUUGAGUUGAGGCAGAGUACUGCCUGCCUCACCUGCUGACUUUUCUCUGCACUGGAUCGCGGCGAUCAGCAGGAAUAGUUCUCUCUCACAUACAUAAAAGACAUUACACAGACUGCAGAAAGUCAUGGUGUAUAACUAAUAUUUCUGUAAAGUUCAUAUUGGCGAUAUGCUGAGGAACAGAAACGGGCACGUGUCAUGCAGCCCACUUUGUACUGGAUCAUGCAGUCAGACGUGAGCCACAGUUCACCUCAUCCGGGGUUUCUGCCCUGGAUUUGAUCGGGAAAAACUCAAAUUCGGCAGUUUUUACUCAAUAAAAUGUCAGAAAUGUGUAGUCAUACUGCAAAUGCAUUUUUAACACAGAUCAGUGGAAAAUAUUAAUAUUUAUUUAUGUACACUUUCUUUUUUCUUUUUUUUGUCACAGCCUCACCUGCCCCCCCGACCGCACGUCACUGACCUGUGUGAUACAAAUAUGUUCAUGUAAAAUAUGUGCAUUUAUGAUUCCAGGUCUUAGAUCGUAGUAGAAGCUUAAGUAAGAGAAAGAAAGUGGACUGAACUCCAGGAGGCUUCUUCACGUCUCACUGGAGGAGUUAGAACUGAAGAAGGUGAACUGAAAAAGGAGUCCAGCUGCUUUUAUUUUUCCUGUAGCUCCUCAGAUCGCUGACAGGGAUGACUGAGAAUCUACAGACGUCUUAACCCUCCCGUUGUCUUCAUAUUGGUUCCUUGUCUGGAAAAAAUCCAAAAAUUCUGAAAAAACAUUCCCCAAAUUUCUGAAAAUUCCAACAAUCGGUUAAAAAUUAUAUUUUAAAAAUGUUUUCCCCAAAUUUGGCAAGAAAAUAUUUUCAAAAAAUGAAUAAAAAUCUCUCAGAAAAAUUCUAAAAAUAUCUAAAAUGAUUCCAUAUAUAUCAGUAAAACGUCUGAUAUUUUCUUUAAGAACAUUCACAUAAAAAUCAACCAAAAUCCAGAGAAAUUCGCUGGAUUUUGGUUGAUUUUUAUGUGAAUGUUCUUAAGAAACAUUUUUAGCAUUUCUUUUUUCCAUUAAAAAAUGUUCAAAGAUUUCCCAAAAAAUGUUGAAAAUGUGGACAUCAGAAGUUUCACUGUGAAAAUAUAGUUUUUUUCUCCACAUUUUCAACCUUUAAACCGGGCUAAUUUGACCUGCAGGACGAGUGUUAAACCCUGGUUCCUCCUCUGUUGAUGACUGAUUGAAAUGUUCAUUCCAGCAGCAGAUGAUGUGACCGUCCUGUUCAGACGUGGUGUUUGUUUCAUGUGUAUAAUGUGCAGCUGAUGCUUCAGGGAAUCGGGAUGAGUCUUUUUAUCGCUCAGGGAUGAUCGCUGGAUGCCAUGUCGCUACCGUAAUAAUCUUUUAUUAAUGUUUUUAUAUUAUUCUACCUGUUCUACAUGUGAUUUUAAAUCCACUGCUCAAUAUUAAUUUAUAAAAAAUGUACUUUGGAAAAUGUGUUGUGGAAAAUGAUAAUCUAACCUCAGGCAGAUAAUCUUGUAAAAAUAGGCUAAUUUGUGUGAAUGUGAUGAAUAAUGCAGCGUAUUAAAGCAUAAUGUAAUGUCGUCUU